AUGAAGACGCUCUUCAUCCUAUUCGCUGUCCUAGGGAUAACAGCAGCAAAGGCUGUUCCCGUUCACCGUGUGAAUGCACACACUCGCGACCUGCAGGAUGACCUCAACGACUUCCUCGCCCUCAUUCCCAUCGACGAAAUUGUGAACAUUGUGCUUAACCACUUGGCCAACGACCCUGAGGUGCAGGCUGCCGCUCAAUACGUGCUCUCUGAUGACUUCAAGAGCAUUGUCCUGGCCAUUGACGCUCUCCCAGAAUACAUUGAUUUCCUCAACUACCUGCAAGAGUCCGGCCUCGAUGUCUACAAAUACGUGAACAUUCUACACGACUUCCUGGGACUGCCCCAGCUUACUCCUCCAUCCAAGCUGAGACACACCAGGAGCAUCCGUUCCAUGGUCGACGAGAUUCUCGCCAUCUUGCCACUGGACGAACUCCGGGCUCUGUUCGACGAGAAGCUGGAAACCAGCCCCGACUUCAAAGAAUUGUAUGACAGGAUUAGGUCUCCCGAAUUCCAGUCGAUCGUGGAAACUCUGAACUCUCUGCCAGAGUACCAGGAGCUGCUCCAGAAACUGAGGGACGCCGGGAUCGACGUCGACGCAUUCAUUGAUCUGAUUCGCGGUCUCUUUGGCCUACCAACAAGUAAUUACCGCGUGACUGCCAAGAAGGCCAACCGCAACCUCCAGGAUGACCUCAACGACUUCCUCGCCCUCAUUCCCAUUGACGAAAUUGUGAACAUUGUGCUUAACCACUUGGCCAACGACCCUGAGGUGCAGGCUGCCGCUCAAUACGUGCUCUCUGAUGACUUCAAGAGCAUUGUCCUGGCCAUUGACGCUCUCCCAGAAUACAUUGAUUUCCUCAACUACCUGCAAGAGUCCGGCCUCGAUGUCUACAAAUACGUGAACAUUCUACACGACUUCCUGGGACUGCCCCAGCUUACUCCUCCAUCCAAGCUGAGACACACCAGGAGCAUCCGUUCCAUGGUCGACGAGAUUCUCGCCAUCCUGCCACUGGACGAACUCCGGGCUCUGUUCGACGAGAAGCUGGAAACCAGCCCCGACUUCAAAGAACUGUAUGACAGGAUUAGGUCUCCCGAAUUCCAGUCGAUCGUGGAAACUCUGAACUCUCUGCCAGAGUACCAGGAGCUGCUCCAGAAACUGAGGGACGCCGGGAUCGACGUCGACGCAUUCAUUGAUCUGAUUCGCGGUCUCUUCGGCCUACCAACAAGCUCCAGCAAAAAGAUUCGUUUCCAUGUACCUGCCAAGAAGGCCAACCGCAACCUCCAGGAUGACCUCAACGACUUCCUCGCCCUCAUUCCCAUCGACGAAAUUGUGAACAUUGUGCUUAACCACUUGGCCAACGACCCUGAGGUGCAGGCUGCCGCUCAAUACGUGCUCUCUGAUGACUUCAAGAGCAUUGUCCUGGCCAUUGACGCUCUCCCAGAAUACAUUGAUUUCCUCAACUACCUGCAAGAGUCCGGCCUCGAUGUCUACAAAUACGUGAACAUUCUACACGACUUCCUGGGACUGCCCCAGCUUACUCCUCCAUCCAAGCUGAGACACACCAGGAGCAUCCGUUCCAUGGUCGACGAGAUUCUCGCCAUCUUGCCACUGGACGAACUCCGGGCUCUGUUCGACGAGAAGCUGGAAACCAGCCCCGACUUCAAAGAACUGUAUGACAGGAUUAGGUCUCCCGAAUUCCAGUCGAUCGUGGAAACUCUGAACUCUCUGCCAGAGUACCAGGAGCUGCUCCAGAAACUGAGGGACGCCGGGAUCGACGUCGACGCAUUCAUUGAUCUGAUCCGCGGUCUCUUCGGCCUACCAACAAGCUCCAGCAAAAAGAUUCGUUUCCAUGUACCUGCCAAGAAGGCCAACCGCAACCUCCAGGAUGACCUCAACGACUUCCUCGCCCUCAUUCCCAUCGACGAAAUUGUGAACAUUGUGCUUAACCACUUGGCCAACGACCCUGAGGUGCAGGCUGCCGCUCAAUACGUGCUCUCUGAUGACUUCAAGAGCAUUGUCCUGGCCAUUGACACUCUCCCAGAAUACAUUGAUUUCCUCAACUACCUGCAAGAGUCCGGCCUCGAUGUCUACAAAUACGUGAACAUUCUACACGACUUCCUGGGACUGCCCCAGCUUACUCCUCCAUCCAAGCUGAGACACACCAGGAGCAUCCGUUCCAUGGUCGACGAGAUUCUCGCCAUCCUGCCACUGGACGAACUCCGGGCUCUGUUCGACGAGAAGCUGGAAACCAGCCCCGACUUCAAAGAACUGUAUGACAGGAUUAGGUCUCCCGAAUUCCAGUCGAUCGUGGAAACUCUGAACUCUCUGCCAGAGUACCAGGAGCUGCUCCAGAAACUGAGGGACGCCGGGAUCGACGUCGACGCAUUCAUUGAUCUGAUUCGCGGUCUCUUCGGCCUACCAACAAGCUCCAGCAAAAAGAUUCGUUUCCAUGUACCUGCCAAGAAGGCCAACCGCAACCUCCAGGAUGACCUCAACGACUUCCUCGCCCUCAUUCCCAUCGACGAAAUUGUAAACAUUGUGCUUAACCACUUGGCCAACGACCCUGAGGUGCAGGCUGCCGCUCAAUACGUGCUCUCUGAUGACUUCAAGAGCAUUGUCCUGGCCAUUGACGCUCUCCCAGAAUACAUUGAUUUCCUCAACUACCUGCAAGAGUCCGGCCUCGAUGUCUACAAAUACGUGAACAUUCUACACGACUUCCUGGGACUGCCCCAGCUUACUCCUCCAUCCAAGCUGAGACACACCAGGAGCAUCCGUUCCAUGGUCGACGAGAUUCUCGCCAUCUUGCCACUGGACGAACUCCGGGCUCUGUUCGACGAGAAGCUGGAAACCAGCCCCGACUUCAAGGAGCUGUACGACAGGAUCAGGUCUGCCGAAUUCCAGUCGAUCGUGGAAACUCUGAACUCGCUGCCAGAGUACCAGGAGCUGCUCCAGAAACUGAGGGACGCCGGCAUCGACGUCGACGCAUUCAUUGACUUGAUCCGUGGACUUUUCGGCCUGCCAACCAGGUCGAAGCAUUAAUCUCCAUUC